CAUGUGAGAGCUGGCUCUAGAAGCCCAGAAGAAGCUUAGUUCCGGCUGCUGAUGGAAAUCGAGUGCUUGUCCAUCACUUACGCCGGGACGCCCAACUUAUGAGUGGUACGAAAGUCGCACACAAGAAGCGCAGCAAGUUUGAAUAAACUAUGCCAUUCUCAGCAACCUUGUCUCCAUCCUUUCGACUCCUGAUCCACCUCGACCUGUGCCAGCGUGAUGGAUGACCGAUUGCAACUCCUCUAUGCUUUCGCAGGUGCUGUUGUUGUUCUGUGCUUCAUUUACUGGAAGACACUACCACUGCGUCACAUCCCAGCUAUCGGUCCGGAUGCGCCAUUGUUUUCGUAUCUUGGAGCAUAUAGAUAUUACCAUCAUGCUCGGGAGAUGCUGCAGGAGGGCUACAACAAGUAUCGUGUCUUUAAAGUACCUAUGGUCGAUCAAUGGAUUGUGAUCGUCAGCGGUGCCCGCAUGAACGAAGAACUUCAACGAUUCCCGGACACUCAUAUGUCGUUUUUGGAAGCGGCGGAAGACUUCCUUUUCAUGCGAUACACAAUUGCACCAGAUGCAAACAAAUUACCCAUUCACAUCAAUGUCAUAAAGGGACCAUUGACCCGUAAUCUGGGAGUAAUAUAUUCAGACGUGGUUGAUGAGAUGAAAGCCGCGUUUCCGGAGAACAUACCCGCUUCGGAAGAAUGGACGGAUGUCGACGUUCUGAAUGCCAUGGCAAAUAUCGUCGCUCGCGCAAGCAACCGCGUGUUUGUCGGUCUACCGCUUUGCCGCAACAAAGAGUAUCUGCAGAAUGUUGUGGAUCUAACCUGGAACUUCUCCAAGGGCAGGGCUAUUCUAAGCCUAGUCCCUGGAUUCUUGCACGGCAUUGUAGGUCCUCUGUUACCAUGGUCGCGACGGGCAAUCCGGAAGGCCUCGACAUACCUUAAGCCUAUGAUCGUGGAGCGUCAGAAGGAAUCACAGCAGAAGGGUAUGGCUUGGGUUGAUAAGCCUAACGAUUUCUUAAUGUGGCUCAUUGAAGAAGCUAAUAGGGCUGGAAAGACUGCCGACCUGAUUGUUCAGGGCGUCAUUAUGUCGAAUUUUGCUGCUAUACACACAUCGAGCCAUAGCAUCACGCAGGCAGUGUACCAUCUCGCAGUUAGUCCGGAACCCAUGAAGCUUCUACGAGACGAAAUUGAGGACGCCGUCAGCAAACAUGGAUGGACGAGGACAGCCGUCCAACAGAUGUGGAAGCUCGACAGUUUUAUGCACGAGUCUCAGCGUAUCAAUGGGAUAUCAGGCGUAUCUGUUAUGCGGAAAGCCCUCCGGGACGUCACGUUUUCCGAUGGCACGCGCAUACCCGCUGGCACGCUUGUUGCGGCAGCUGCCACUGCAACGCACCUAGAUGGCGAUUACUACGAAGACCCAGCUGUGUUUAGACCGUUCCGUUAUUCUGACAUGCGUAUGGACGAAAGCCAGCGGCUUAGACAGCAGUUUGUGAGCACGUCUCCCGAAUAUAUCGCUUUCGGACACGGAAAGCAUGCCUGUCCGGGACGUUUCUUUGCGGUCAACGAGCUGAAACUGAUGAUGGCCUAUCUCAUCCUGAAUUAUGACUUCAAAUUCGAGGGAAGGAGGGAUAGGCCAGCAAAUACGUGGGUCUGGCACACACCCUUUCCUCCAGAAGCGAGGGUCAAGUUCAGAAGACGUCAAGACAAGAAUGUGUUAUUGUCACUCUAGCACAUUAAUGUGCAUCCGAUCCAUGUCGUCGCAUUCACACAUGCUUACUCCUAUGAAUGGCUCUGCUCCUGCUCAUUCGCGACAGCACUGAUACUCUGAA